AUGGACGCGCGGUUCGCCUACUCGCCGGCGGAGAUGGCCAGGGUGCAGCUGGUGCAGUUCGGCAUCCUCAGCCCCGACGAAAUCCGACAAAUGUCGGUGGCGGUGAUAGAGCAUGCAGAGACCAUGGAGAAGGGGAAGCCAAAGCCUGGUGGUUUGAGUGACCCUCGUCUGGGCACCAUCGACCGCAGGACCAAGUGUGAGACAUGCAUGGCUGGGAUGGCCGAGUGCCCGGGCCACUUUGGCCACCUCGAGCUCGCAAAGCCCAUGUUCCACAUCGGCUUCAUCAAGACCGUGCUCUCCAUCAUGCGCUGCGUCUGCUUCAACUGCUCCAAGAUCCUCGCCGAUGAGGAUGAUGAGUUCAAGCAGGCUCUCAGAAUCAAGAACCCAAAAAAUAGAUUGCGAAAAAUACAGGAGGCUUGCAAGGGCAAAAAGGUUUGUGCUGCGGGUGAGGACGAUCUUGAGGGUCAGGAUCAGAUGGACACCGAUGAGCCAGUGAAGAAAAGAGGUGGCUGUGGUGCUCAGCAGCCAAAGAUCACGGUCGAUGGUAUGAAGAUGGUUGCAGAGUUCAAAGCAACAAACAAGAAGAAUGGCGAUCAAGAUCAACUCCCUGAACCAGUGGAGCGGAAGCAAAUUCUCUCCGCCGAGAGGGUUCUUAAUGUUCUCAAGCGUAUAAGCGACGAGGACUGUCUUCUGUUGGGCCUGGACCCUAAAUAUGCGCGUCCUGAUUGGAUGAUACUGCAAGUCCUUCCGAUUCCUCCGCCGCCUGUGAGACCAUCUGUCAUGAUGGACACUUCCUCCAGAAGUGAGGAUGAUUUGACUCAUCAAUUAGCAAUGAUAAUUCGGCAUAAUGAGAAUCUGAGGAGGCAAGAGAGAAAUGGAGUCCCAGCCCACAUUAUAACAGAGUUUGCUCAGUUGUUGCAGUUCCACAUUGCGACAUACUUCGACAAUGAUCUUCCAGGACAACCACGGGCCACUCAGCGUUCUGGACGGCCUAUUAAGUCAAUCUGCAGCAGGCUGAAAGCAAAAGAAGGCCGGGUCAGAGGGAACUUAAUGGGGAAGCGUGUUGAUUUCUCAGCUCGGACCGUCAUCACACCAGACCCAAAUAUCAACAUUGAUGAAUUGGGGGUGCCAUGGAGUAUUGCUUUGAAUCUGACAUACCCAGAAACUGUUACUCCAUAUAACAUCGAGAGGUUGAAAGAACUAGUAGAAAAUGGGCCUCACCCUCCCCCAGGAAAGACAGGUGCCAAGUACAUUAUCAGGGAAGAUGGCCAGAGGCUGGAUCUUCGCUAUGUGAAGAAAAGUAGUGAUCAGCAUUUGGAGCUGGGUUAUAAGGUGGAAAGGCACCUCAUUGAUGGAGAUUUUGUUCUUUUCAACCGGCAACCCAGUCUCCACAAAAUGUCUAUCAUGGGGCAUCGCAUUAAAAUCAUGCCCUACUCAACUUUCCGCCUCAACUUGUCUGUCACGUCGCCAUACAAUGCAGAUUUUGAUGGAGAUGAAAUGAAUAUGCAUGUUCCUCAGUCAUUUGAGACCAGAGCUGAAGUUAUGGAGUUGAUGAUGGUGCCAAAAUGCAUUGUGUCACCUCAAGCGAAUAGACCUGUUAUGGGUAUUGUUCAGGACACACUUCUUGGGUGCCGAAAAAUUACCAAAAGGGAUACUCUCAUUGAAAAGGAUGUAUUUAUGAACAUCUUAAUGUGGUGGGAAGAUUUUGAUGGGAAGGUCCCUGCCCCUGCCAUUUUGAAACCAAGACCGAUUUGGACUGGCAAACAAGUUUUCAACUUGAUUAUCCCCAAGCGAAUCAAUUUAAUUAGAUUUUCAGCCUGGCAUGAUGAAGAAGAAAGCAGAUUUAUUACUCCCGGUGAUACUGUGGUCCGGAUAGAGAAGGGAGAGCUUCUGUCUGGUAUACUUUGCAAAAAAACGCUUGGGACAUCAAUGGGAAGUCUUAUUCAUGUUAUUUGGGAAGAGGUAGGGCCAGAUGCCGCGCGCAAGUUCUUGGGUCAUACACAGUGGCUCGUCAACUACUGGCUUCUGCAACAUGGUUUCAGUAUCGGAAUCGGGGAUACGAUUGCAGAUGCAGGUACAAUGAAGAAGAUUAGUGACACAAUAUCAAAAGCUCAGGAUGAUGUGAAUGAGCUUAUCAAGGAAGCGCGUGACAACAAGUUGGAACCUGAGCCAGGACGCACAAUGAUGGAAUCAUUUGAAAAUAAAGUGAAUCAGGUUCUUAACAAGGCUCGUGAUGAUUCUGGGAGUAGUGCUCAGCAGAGUUUGUCUGAGAGCAACAAUUUGAAAGCUAUGGUCACUGCAGGCUCAAAAGGCAGUUUCAUUAAUAUUUCGCAAAUGACCGCUUGUGUCGGACAGCAGAAUGUUGAAGGGAAGAGGAUCCCAUUUGGUUUUGCUGGUCGUACAUUGCCCCACUUCACGCAAAAUGACGACAGUCCUGAAAGCCGUGGAUUCGUGGAGAACUCUUACCUUCGAGGCCUGACACCACAGGAAUUCUUCUUCCAUGCUAUGGGUGGUAGAGAAGGUCUGAUUGAUACUGCUGUGAAAACUUCCGAGACUGGAUAUAUUCAGCGGAGGCUCGUGAAGGCCAUGGAGGACAUCAUGGUGAAAUACGAUGGUACCGUUAGAAACUCCCUGGGUGAUGUCAUUCAAUUCUUGUAUGGAGAAGAUGGCAUGGACGCUGUUUGGAUUGAACCACAGAAAUUGGACUCCCUCGGGAUGAAAAAGGCAGAGUUUGACAAUGUAUUUCGUUAUGAACUGGAUGAUGAGAACUGGAGGCCCACUUACAUGUCGCCUGAAGAUGCUGAUGUUUUGAAGACAGUUCCUGAUAUCAGACUUGUGUUUGAGGCAGAGUUUCAGAAAUUAGAAGCUGACAGGUUACAGCUUGGGACUGAAAUUGCCACGACUGGCGACAUUACAUGGCCUAUGCCUGUCAACCUCAAGCGGCUUAUCUGGAAUGCUCAAAAGACUUUCAAGAUUGAUUUGAGAAGACCUUCUGACAUGCACCCGAUGGAAAUUGUGGAAGCAAUGGAUAAGUUGCAAGAAAGACUCAAGGUUGUCCCAGGAGACGAUGCCAUGAGCAUCGAGGCUCAGAAGAACGCUACUCUGCUCUUCAAAAUCCUGCUCCGUAGCACAUUUGCUAGCAAGAGGGUCUUGAAAGAAUACAGGCUCACAAGGGAAUCUUUUGAAUGGGUCAUCGGUGAGAUUGAAUCGAGGUUCCUCCAGUCUUUGGUAGCUCCUGGUGAAAUGAUUGGAUGCGUGGCUGCACAGUCCAUUGGAGAACCAGCAACUCAGAUGACACUGAAUACUUUCCAUUAUGCUGGGGUUAGCGCUAAGAAUGUCACCCUUGGCGUCCCCAGGUUAAGGGAGAUCAUUAACGUCGCCAAGAAGAUAAAGACUCCAUCGCUGUCUGUUUUCCUAAAGCCUGAGGUGAGCAAGAAGAAAGAAUUGGCCAAGAAUGUCCAGUGUGCCUUGGAGUACACUACACUACGUAGCGUGACCCAUGCCACCGAGAUAUGGUAUGAUCCUGAUCCUCUACGAACCACCAUUGAAGAGGAUGUGGAAUUUGUCAAGUCAUACUAUGAAAUGCCUGAUGAGGAUAUUGACCCGGAUAAGAUGUCUCCUUGGCUGCUGCGUAUCGAGCUGAACCGUGAGAUGAUGGUCGAUAAGAGGUUGAGCAUGGCUGAAAUUGCAGAGAAGAUAAAAUGUGAAUUUGAUGACGACUUAUCAUGCAUAUUCAACGAUGACAACGCGGAUAAGCUCAUCCUUCGUAUCCGCAUUAAAAAUGAUGACGAAGUUCCAAAACAGGAUGAGGAUGAUGAUGUCUUUCUCAAGAAGGUUGAGAGUAACAUGUUGACUGAGAUGGCCCUUGGAGGCAUUCCAGAUAUUAACAAGGUCUUCAUUAAAGAGAGGAAGGUGAAUAAAUUCGAUGAAAAUGAUGGUUUCACUCAAAAAUCAGAUAACAAAGAUAAGAACAAAGAGUGGAUGCUUGAUACAGAAGGUGUAAACCUCUUGGCCGUGAUGUGCCAUGAGGAUGUUGACACAACAAGGACAACGAGUAACCAUCUGAUCGAAGUGAUUGAGGUUCUUGGGAUCGAGGCUGUCCGCAGGUCUCUCUUGGAUGAGCUGAGGGCGGUGAUAUCUUUUGAUGGGUCUUAUGUGAACUACAGGCAUCUGGCCAUUCUCUGUGAUACCAUGACAUACAGAGGUCAUCUGAUGGCUAUUACUAGGCACGGCAUAAACCGUAAUGACACGGGGCCUCUCAUGAGAUGUUCUUUUGAAGAAACGGUGGAUAUCUUGCUUGAUGCUGCCAUGUAUGCAGAAUCCGAUCACCUGAGAGGCGUCACAGAGAACAUCAUGCUUGGCCAGCUUGCUCCUAUUGGCACAGGAGGCUGUGAGUUGUACCUGAAUGACAAGAUGCUGGAGCAGGCCAUUGAGCUUCAACUCCCGAGUUUUGUUGAAGGCCUGGACUAUGGCAUGACACCAGCACCUUCACCCAUCUCCGGAAUGAUGUCACCGGUGCCGAGUCCAAAUUUCCGAACUUCCCCCGUUACAGAUCAUGCUCUUCAGUUCUCGCCAUAUGUUGGGGGCCUGGCAUUCUCACCCGUCCCAUCAAACUAUAGCACAUCCUCUGGGAGUGGUUACUGUCCAUCUUCUCCGGUGUUCAGCCCAGGGCCAGGAGGACAAGGCUACAGUCCCGUCUCUCCAGUAUACUCGCCACUAUCUCCUAUUUAUACCCCCACAUCUCUGAGCUACAGCCCCGUAUCGCCCAUCCAUAGUCCAGAAUCGCCAGUUUAUAGUCCAGCAUCGCCAGUUUUUAGACCGACAUCUCUUCAAUACAGCCCGACGUCGCCAGUUUAUAGCCCGACGUCUCUUGAAUACAGCCCGACGUCGCCAUCUUAUAGCCCAACAUCUCAUGCAUACAGCCCGACAUCCCCAUCUUAUAGCCCAACAUCUCAUGCAUACAGCCCGACAUCCCCAUCUUAUAGCCCAACAUCGCCAGUUUAUAGCCCGGCAUCUUUUUCGACGUCGCCAUAUUAUAACCCAACAUCGCCAUCAUACAGCCCCACUUCGCAUUCAUACAGCCCUACUUCGCCUCGUUACAGCCCGGCAUCACCCUCGUACAGCCCUACUUCACCGAACUAUAGCCCUACAUCCCCUGCAUACAGCCCAACUUCACCUUCAUACAGCCCUACGUCACCAAGCUACAGCCCAACUUCGCCUUCAUACAGUCCUACAUCGCCCUCUUACAGUCCUUCACGUGCUUAUUCUCCAAGCAGCCCAAUGAUGAUGAGUCCGUAUAGUCAGCUUCCUCCAAACUACAGCCUUGCCUCACCGACUUACUCACCUACCUCACCGUCAUAUGCUGCACAACCAAGUCCAUCAUACAGCCCAACAAGGUGAGCCCAUUCCAAUUGAUCAUCAUCCUUGUUUUAACUUACAAGUAUGCUGUUAUUGUGACAAUCAAGACAUGGGUUUCCUAACGCAUUGCCUGAGUGUUGCAGCCCGUGCACUGCCUCUGGAGGACCUAGCCCAGAUUACAGCCUAACUUCCCCCAAUUACAGGUAAUGUGGAUCAAGUUAAUCUCUCAUCUGCCCAUGACUGAUGAAAGUGCACCAUUUGCUCAUCUGACAAUUGCAACUUUCAUCGUGCAGCCCCAG